CUGGGCGGCGGCGCUUGGCCAUGUCGUGUCGGGGAAGGUAAUGAGCCGCAGAGCCCCGGGGUCUCGGCUGAGCAGCGGCGGCGGCGGCGGCACUAACUAUUCGCGGAGCUGGAAUGACUGGCAACCCAGAACUGAUAGUGCAUCAGCCGACCCAGGUAAUUUAAAAUAUUCUUCAUCCAGAGAUAGAGGUGGUUCUUCCUCUUACGGACUGCAACCUUCAAAUUCAGCUGUGGUGUCUCGGCAAAGGCACGAUGAUACCAGAGUCCACGCUGACAUACAGAAUGAUGAAAAGGGUGGCUACAGUGUCAAUGGAGGAUCUGGGGAAAAUACUUAUGGUCAGAAGUCGUUGGGGCAAGAGCUGAGGGUUAACAAUGUGACCAGCCCUGAGUUCACCAGUGUUCAGCAUGGCAGUCGUGCUUUAGCCACCAAAGACAUGAGGAAAUCACAGGAGAGAUCGAUGUCUUAUUGUGAUGAGUCUCGACUGUCAAAUCUUCUUUGGAGGAUCACCCGGGAAGACGACAGAGACCGAAGAUUGGUUACUGUAAAGCAGUUGAAAGAAUUUAUUCAGCAACCAGAAAAUAAGCUGGUACUAGUUAAACAAUUGGAUAAUAUCUUGGCUGCUGUACAUGAUGUGCUUAAUGAAAGUAGCAAAUUGCUUCAGGAGUUGAGACAGGAGGGAGCUUGCUGUCUUGGCCUUUUUUGUGCUUCUCUGAGCUAUGAGGCUGAGAAGAUCUUCAAGUGGAUUUUUAGCAAAUUUAGCUCAUCUGCAAAAGAUGAAGUUAAACUCCUCUACUUAUGUGCCACCUACAAAGCACUAGAGACUGUAGGAGAAAAGAAAGCCUUUUCAUCUGUAAUGCAGCUUGUAAUGACCAGCCUGCAGUCAAUUCUUGAAAAUGUGGAUACACCAGAAUUGCUUUGCAAAUGUGUUAAGUGCAUUCUUUUGGUGGCUUGAUGUUACCCUCAUAUUUUCAGCACUAAUUUUAGGGAUACAGUUGAUAUAUUAGUUGGAUGGCAUAGAGAUCAUACUCAGAAACCUUCGCUCAUGCAGCAGGUAUCUGGGUGGUUGCAGAGUUUGGAGCCAUUUUGGGUAGCUGAUCUUGCAUUUUCUACGACUCUUCUUGGUCAGUUUCUAGAAGACAUGGAAGCAUAUGCUGAGGACCUCAGCCAUGUGGCCUCUGGGGAAUCAGUGGAUGAAGACGUCCCUCCUCCAUCAGUGUCAUUACCAAAGCUGGCUGCGCUUCUCCGGGUAUUUAGUACUGUGGUGAGGAGCACUGGGGAACACUUCAGCCCAAUUCGGGUCCUCCAAUUACUGAGGCAUACGUAACAGU